AUGUCUGAUAGUGAAACACUAGAAUUGAUCUACAAGGCAUGUUUAGAAUUGAACAAGAGAAUGUUGGUGGUGGAGAAACAUUUAGGGAUCAAAGAACCUGAUGCCAGGGAUGAUGAAGAAAAGGAAUUCCCAGCUUCGUCAAGUGGAGUUAACAAAAAGACUGAAGAAGAGUUUAUAAUUGUCUCUGAUGAUGAAGAAGAGGUUGAAAUACCAAUCAACAAUCAAGAAAACAAACAAACAGAGACCAGAGAAGAAUCAUGCAGUCCACCUGAUGAAGAUUCACACGAAAAUGUGAAUGAUGAAAAGGUUGCUCAAGAAGAGGGAGCCACGGAUGAGGUUCCACAUGCUAAUGAAGAAAACGAUCCACAAUGCUCGAAUGUCAAUGAUAAGGUUUCUCAAAAAAAGGAGAAACAACAUGAAGAGAUGAGAAACAUGGAUGGGGCUCCACAGGGAACUCAAGAAAGUGAUUCACAACGAUCAAAUGUGAAUGAUAAGGAUUUUACAACUUAUUUAUAG